CGUCAGGAUCGAGCAGCGAGCGUCGCGAUCGGCACAGCGGACGGACCGAGACGACCGACACAGGGCGAGCAGCAUUCAGCAGUUCGUUUCUAGCGUGCGGCCGGAGCGGAUUUCGGAAGAACCGCCGUCCGCCGACAUAAUCGACGUUUAGACGUUGAAACAAUUCUCUGUAGCGAUCGGUGAGAAUCGUGCGAUGUAAAUCCGGUUUCCGGUGUUGCGGUAAAAAAAAAAAAAAAAUAAGAAAUAUCGUUAAAGAGGAAUUUCCGACCGGUAGAGACAGAGGGAUGGAUUGAAUACGACGCGUGAACGAGGGAUAGAAAACAAAACAGUGUCGAAACGGCUUGUUGUGCGUGCCGAUUAUACGCGGUGUGUUUGUUGGUUAUAUUGUUAUCGGUUUGUUGUUUGUUUGUUUGUUUUGUGGUGCGCGCGUGAAGGGAUAAAAGUGGUCUUGUUGACAAGUGGAGUGCGCGAGCGGUAAUUGAUACGAGUGUGAUUGGAGAAACCGUCGUCUAUUCACUCUUUUCGACUCUCGCCGCUUCUCGCGAGGGAUAGAAAAAACAAGAAGAAGGCUUGAGCUAUGUCUAGGUUCGACUGAGCAUGCCGGCAUCCUCCUCUCCUAACAGCUAUCGCGACGCGGCCGGCCUCAUGGAUGUAUGGAUACUCUUCCUCGCAAUUGCCGGCGUAGCUGCGUCGGUCGAGGUGCACUUCGAGAACAAGGAUGGAGGAUUCUUCCUGAAGCACACACCAAGACAGUCGUACCCGGCGCAGCCGGAUUCGAUCCCGGUGCCCCCAAUCCUAGCACCGGGUCCCGCGCCGCCGGGUUCGAUCCUGUCCAUCGACACCUUCACGGUCUUCCAGACCAGCGAGCCGGCCUCGGUCCGCGCGACCUACGGACCUUUCAGCACUAAGCAGACCGUUCCGGCGAGGUACAUAGUCCCUGAUCCUCUGGACGCGCUUCCGGGACCAGAGAUGAGGCGGAACUUGACAUCCACGACAGCCCUCCUCGAUGCUCAGGAACUCAGCGCCAGGCAUCUCGACAUGUCGGCUCACCUAGUGCGGCCGAGUGUCCCUCGGGACUCGCCGGUGCUCAGAGUGCUUUUCCACGCCGGAAGCGAGGCCGGCGGUCGUCGGCAGGUCCUGCUGGCUCGGCACCAGCGGGUCUGCGUCGUUCUCCACGCCUCCCUCGCCGGCCGGACGCCACUUACCGCGGCCUGCAGUCCCGACGGCGAGGACGGCGUCUGCCUCGCCCAAAUCACCAUCCCCGCCGCGUGGUGGGCGCCGCUUCCACCUCCCGACGCCUCCGGUAGGGUCAAGGUCGCCAAGACCCUACCACGGCUAGUUCAGGUCGCAUAUUCCGUACUCGAGCCCAGGACCGAGAGCGACGGUGGCUGUCAGCCCAGGGUUCAGAUACAACCUGUCACUCCGUUGGGACAGGUUCCUCUCGCUCCGAACAGGGCUGCCUACAAGGAGCUCAGGGCUGAUGAUGCCUUGACGCUUUUGGUGCCCCACGCGCCUCUAUAUCCGAGGUCCAGGCUCCAUGUUCCGGCGUUUCUACACCCCAGACAAGGCGCGUUUGUCGCUGCAGUCAUCAUACGAGCCAGGGUGAAAUCCGGCGUACGAAUAUUGGGAGCCACGUCCAGCAGCCCUGAUUGGACGGUCACUGUUGAAGUUAAUGGAAAGUACACAGCCGCCACCUUCACCGCAAUACGAAAGGAAAACGCACCCCGUCCGCAGAAUAUGUCGGCAGAGGAGAUCCUAACCAUGCUCCUCGAGGCGAGCGAGGAGGGGGCCGGGGGCAGCAGAGACGGGGGUCGAGUUGUCUGGAGCGUGCGAUACGAGCUCGAGGGAGAAGAUGAGGACGGAUCCCCGUCUGGGUCAAGCCAGCACCACCACAAUAUCGAUCGAAGGAAACUCCAGGCUCGUCUCGAAAUCCAGAAGGACGAUAUCCAGGCGGUUUUGCCAAUAUCUAAGAACUGGGAGGUGAUGAACACCGCGGUUUUGACGGGUCGCCAGGUCUCCCAAGCGAUGAAGGUCUUCAUAGUCAGCCAGGCAGGAAAGGUGGCCGACGUUACUCUGCAAUCGUCCUGCCACUCGGAGGACGAGAGUGUCCUUAAGGUGUCGUCGUCCUGCAGUAGUGUGUACGUCGAUGGUUCGGAGAUCCGAGGAUCUAGCAAUGCCUCCGUUCUGGUCAAGUACGGAACGUACACGGGUCUGGCUCGAUUCACGGUCUGGAUGCCGGAGUUUCCAUUGGAGGUGACUGUGACUGACAGCCGUCUGAGCCAGGUGAAGGGAUGGAAGGUGCCAGACGAGCUCUCCUCUUCGAAGAACAAGCGGAGCUUGAACGACACGGAGGACGAGGAGCUGGAACGGUCGAAGAGGAGUCCGUCCGCCGACGAAAGGUUCCGGGGCGAUAGGUGGUCGGAUUCCGGUACCGGUGCAGAAGACCGGACGGCCAGCUGCAGGUUGCGUUUCCAGCAGAGUCCGGUCGAGGUCCACGCCAGGUUCCUGGCGGCCGAUCACGACUCGGGCCGGGUCUCGUACUUCGUCAACCGGCGGACCUGGCUCCGGGUUACGGACCUCGUCGUCGGGCUGCUCCGCGUCUCGGAUCAUCGUUUCGCCACCCUCCAAGGAAGGAUUGUCCAGGGUCGGAGCUUCGGCAGGACCGAGGUCCAGGUCGUCUCUCCAAUCACUGGCCGCGUCAUCGGCGCCAAGGAGGUCAAGGUCGUCAGCGACCGCGUGUCGGUCGCACACCUGUCGGUCCGCGUCGUCUCAGGACUGCAGCUCACCAUCUCACCGGACACUGCGAUCGAGAAUGGCUACAUCGCCGAGACCUCAGUCACCCGGAGACUAACCGCUCAGUAUCAGGAGGGCCUGCUGGACAUAGACAUCGAGUUUUCGGACGGAUCCCACACGCCGCUGAGGGAGGUGACGGUAAACGACUAUCACCUGCUUGUAGAGAGUUUGGACCCAGAGGUUGUGGCGUUUGCUCCAAUGGUGGCGUCGCAUCACCCCAGGGUUAUAGCCGUCGGUGAAGGUCGGGGUCACCUUUUGCGUGUCACUCUUCAGCUGGCCGAUAUCUGUCGGCUGCCAAAUCGGCGCUCGAAAAAUUCACCAAGACCACCGGUGGCACCUCUGGCCACGGCCGCCGCCCAUGUCGAGGUCGACUUUGCGUCCAGCGAUCUACCCAACCGGCCAGAAUUUGUCCAGAACGACGGAGGCGGGAUGGUUGGCUCUCACAGAGAGAGAAAGAAUGGGAAGGAGAUGGCGCCCGACCUCCACGACAUUUUGAUCGGGGUACCAAUGAAAGACGAGAACAACCACGAGCCCACGGUGCAGGCGCAUCAGGCGCGUCAGGCGCAGCAGCACCACACGGCUAUAGCUAAUGGCAUGUCUUCAGGGGGAAUGGGUGGCGUUGGGAUCCGUCAUCACGGCGGUCCGCACAUGACGCCUCUAGAGAUCGGCAUGUACGUUCUGUUGGCCGCGUUCUGUUUCGCGAUCGUCGUAUUCGUCGUCUCCUGCGUCGUUUACGCCAGCAAAUUCAAGCCCCAGCCUCCCGACUACCCCCUGCCCACCAUCCCGGUUCUCGGUGCCGCCAGGGCCGCUGCCAGUCAACUGGCCCCGAAUCGCCGUCCCCGGGAAUCGACGACCAACGCUCACGACUGGGUCUGGCUGGGACGAGCGACCCUCGAGAGGGCCGCAUGUGCCCCUCAGCAGGUUCGCGUCACCAGUAAUCCACUGGCUGCCGAACCUGAAGAAGAAUCUGGGGAGCUCGGAACCAGCUUCGAUAACCCAAAUCACAUCGAGCUCCCGUCUGUGCGGCCGUCGGCGCCGGUUCCGAUCGACACGACGACCUACUGCAAGAAGGACAAGACGCCACGUCAUUCGAGCAACAAGUCGAGCAUGCAGCCGAAACCCUCGUCGACGCAGAUCGACAACAACGACCUGCCACCGCCGCUGCCGCCUCACGGUAUUCCGCCGCCGGUAUCGAGCGACAACGCGAACGGGAACAACGACGACUACAAACCCCCGGUUCCGCCGCACCGGAACACCGGAGUUAUAGCGCGGUUCCCCGACACCCCGAAGAAGCACCAUCACAGGGCGUCGAGUGGCAGCCAUGGGAACCAUCGGCACAGCAAGCAUCACAGUAAAUCGCACAAGCAGCACCAGGAGCAAAACGGCAAGACAGGGGAUAACGAAACGCGGGAAAACAACGCCGAGGAGGAGUUCGUUGAGCUGAGGAACCACGAGGACAAGCGUGGCGUCAAGGACAAACUGAAGGAGGUGAAGAGGGCCACCAUAGUCGGGAACCCGAUGUACUCCUCUCAGGAACAAGAGGAAAUGGCGCUGGACGACCUGAACCUGGGCAUGGACUACGAUCAGAUUAUGCAGUACUUUGACAAUUUGAAGGAGUCUAAUGCCUAGGUAAGGGCCUCGGAUAUUAAUUUAAGGAUCAGGCAGCCGCCCGAUUGCGUUUGAAAAUGUUACUAUGAGAUUUGUUGUGUCGCAGGAAUCAGGGCUCGGUUUGACUUCAUGGUUUUUCCGAGACAGGGAUGAAGAGAGAAAGUUUUCGAGCCUGUGUAUACGUAACUUAUAUCACUUCUCGCCGAUUAGCGGAUUACUUUUUUCUAUUACCGUAGUAAGGGAAGCACUAAAAACGGCUUCCGUGCUGGCUCAGAUUAAACUUUCCAAUCCAACGAUUUUAUGCCUAAAUUAUCAAAAUGAAAUUGGCAUUUCCCUGAUUCCAAACAUCUGUUUCGUUUUCACUUUAUACGCUGUGAACGAUACGAUUCUUACGCAACAGGUGCAAAGCUGUCCGUUAGGCUAUAUUCUAGUCAGCUUCCUAGCAGCACAUCCAAUUACACAUCGUAAUGAUAACUUUAUAUACAUACAUAAAUAUAUAUAUAUUUAUACGUAUGUAUGUAUAGGUAUGUGUGUAUACAUAUAUACAGUAAAUCAGUGACGGUUGGUGAUUGCAUAAUCGCAUAUUGUUUCUUACGUUCGAAAAAUAAAAUUUAAUGGAGUGAAACGCUGCAACGCGCCUAUAUCCAGAAAGGAAGUAAACAAAAUAGGUCUAAAAAUUUAAAACAUACAUAUAUAUGUGUAUAAGUAUAUAUAUAUAUAUAUAUAUAUAUUGUAUGCUGUGUGACAUUUAUAUCAGAUCAAAUAUUGAAUUGUCUGUUCAAAAAACUAAACAAAAGCGUAGAUCGAGAGAGGAAAAAUUUGAAAAACAAAGAACAAAUAACUGGCGAUUAAUUCGUUUGGUUGCACAGUACGAUACAUACAUGGGUGAGAUUUUAAACUUACAGUUCAAUGAAUAUAAGAAUAUAUUUGAAGGAAAAAUAGUUAGAUUUGUUAGUUAUAUAUAAAUAAGCGGUUCAAGUAUAAAUAUAUAUAUAUAUUAUAUAUAUUAUAUAAGUAUAAUAUAUAUAUAUAUAUAUAUAUAUAUUGCAUUGUGAUAAGCGAAAAAAUGUUUGUUAACACCGCCGCCACUGUCUAAACUAUAUUAUUACCAACUAUCACUUAUCAGCAGCUGGGCACCAUAUCAUACCCCAAUCCUAAUCUCGUAUUUUCCCUAAAACUUCUCAUUAUACCGACGUGCCCAAAUCUGCCAUUUGUUGAACCUGUACAACUCAUUUUUCCCCUCCUAUCAUCCCUUGUUUUUCACGAUCAUCGUCAUCGUGAACACCUUUCACGCGAGUAAAGGGGGAAAAACGAGACGACAAAGUAAAAAAAAGAAAACAAAUAAUAAAAAAUACUAGCUUAGCUAUCAUUUAUUGACGUGUAUUAUAAAGCAUCAUAUUCAUCCAAAUCUGUACAGCUCGUGUUACUACUUGAUUACGUGUUUUUUAUUUUUAUUUUUUUACAUGAUACAUAUACAUAAACUUACAUACGAACAUAAUACGAUUACUACUCGACCGAGUCACAAAACGCUAAUGGUAUAAAUAUCUGAUUAGAUUAUUAGAUAAUUAACUAAUGUAAUAUUAUUAUUAAUAACAAUAAUAAUAAUAAUAAUAAUAAUAACAAUAACAAUAAAAUAGUAACCGAUCAUUGAUCGCUUACAAUUAAGCGUUUGUUCCUCCGGCCGAGGGCAGAAAAGUCUACCUGUGUUCCAUUUUACGUUCAAGUAAAAGAAAAGGAAAAAUACGAAAGGAAAAGAAAAAUAUUUAUUCAAUUAACUGUGUCGUAUAUUUGUAAAUUUUGCGUUGUAAGAUUUUGUACAUAUAAUAUAUAUUAAUAAUAAUGUCGCAGAUUACUCUUAGGGUCUGAAUAUAACCAUAGUAAAGCCUUGUGUCGUUGUGUCAUUCGCUAAGAAAAGAAAAUGAAGAGAAAAACCUUUGAAUAUAAUUAUUAUAAAUUAUAAUGUUACUCGAUCAUAUUCGCUUUGUAUUUUACUAUGAUUGGAUUUCAAUUUCAGGGAUUGAAUCCUUUCGCGUAUUCUUCUAUUUUGUUUUAUUUAUUAUUUUUUUUUUUCUAUCCUCCUGUCUUGCAAUAAAGAAAUUAAAAACGAAGGUAAUCGCAUGAAAAGUUUUAUAACCAACGUUAAGGCGUAUGCGAGUGAUAAAUGAAAUGAAAAAUAAAAAUGAAAGAAAAUGAUAUCCCUAUUUCAAAUCCAAUCAUAUUAUUUGUUAUGAUUUUUAAAAAUUAAAGCAUGAUUUGACUCUCAGCGAGGAGUCACUUUUCGAAAUGGCAUGGUAACGUGUAUCCUUUAAAUCACUAACGCUAAUAGUAUUUUCAAAAUCGUAAGAGUCUAGAGAUUAAUAUUAAAAAUCGUUUGAUUAUCAAUUAAAUUAUAAGGGCUAUAUGUAUAAGUAUAUAAGUUAUGCGUAUACAUAUAUAUAUAUACACACACACAGACACACAUACUGUGUUUAGUAUAUGGUACAUACAUAUGAAAUAUCGAAUGUGUCGAUGGUAUGUGACGAUUACCAACAGUGAGUACGGAUAACAAUAAUAUGAAGUUUUCGCCCUUCUGCAUUCUAGUCUAAUCGCCACUCGUUGCGACUCGCUUCGAUGUUGUCGCCUGCCACUGAAAUUCUUUUAUUUAACCUUAGCUUCAGGAAACUCGUACGUACAUAUGUAGUUGAGAAAUAAGCUUAACUAUAGGACAUAUACCUGAUCAAUUCUGUUAUAUACGUGAUACAGAUAACACGCCUCGUACUUUGACUGAAAUAUUGUUCGCACGAGGACUAAUCUUCAUAAUUCACAAACGUUCAUUUCAUCCACAUAUAUAAAAUUCAUACCAUGAAUAAAUUAUUGUUAUUAUUAUUAAUAAUCUUGAGAAUAUAAAGAAAAAACAGUACAUUCAUUCACGAAUAAGACUAACUCUUGCAUAUUGUAUAAAAAUACAUACCCAGCCAAAUACGCGUUCCGUUUGAUCGGUAAAUAUAUAAGUGUCGAUAUAUAUAUAUAUUAUAU